AUGUCGAGUAAUAUUACUCUUCCGUCGUUUGAAAAAGUUAAAAAUAAAUGGGGUCCAGAUAAGGUUAUUUCUUUUCUGGAAUCUAAUCAAGAAACUUUAUUUCUUGAAGAUGGAGACAUCAAGCCAUUUAGAGAUAACCGUGUUCCCGGAUCUGCUUUCCUUAGGUUGAAUGUUGAUAAGCUUAUAGCACACCCUUACAAUCUCCAUGGUGGACCAGCCGAAACAAUUGCAGAGUUGAUUGAAAAAAUUAAGGGAGAAGAACAGGUUUCCCGGACUUCGUCUGUCUUCCCUGAGGAUACUAUUGAUAAAAUCAAUAUAAUGUAUAAGCACAUGACAGAAGAAAAAGUCGAAGUAAUUUCACUCUCAACGGUUAAUACGAAAAAAUUUCAAGCCUUUCUUAAAUUUACCGGAAUCACUAUAGAAUAUGUAAAGUUUACUGGAAAUUUGCCUAAGAAAGAUAUAGAACCCUAUGAAUGGUCUGAUUAUGCUGAGAACCAUUUAGUUCAGCGGGAAGAAAUCCUCAAAUAUUUUAACAAACACCUCAGUCCAAAACUUCCCACUGAUAUUAUUAUUCUCGACGUCGCCAAUGAUAAGGAUUUCCUUAAUAUAUAUGAUAGUUCAUUACUUCCAUUUGAUAUCCGAGGUGGAACUGAUUUAGCCUUAGUAGAAGAGGGUUAUAUUAAGUGCAAAAUUACCAAAGCAGGAAUUCGUGCAGUUUUCGAAUUUAAGAAAGUAGUGGAAGAGCAUAAUGCAUAUCAGACUAUUUUAGAAAUGGUUGCCGCGGACCUUUAUGUAAAUGACAAAAUCAAAGUAUUCGGUGUAUUAACCGAUCUUAAAAGCUUGUGGAAUAUUUAUUGGGUAGCAAAUGAAAAGAGAAUUAAGGCAGUUACAUUUUCACACCGUCUAAAAGCGUUAGAAUUUAUUGCCCAGAUGGCAAGUGAUCUAAACGGACAUUCUAAAACUGUGCAUAUGCUUGGUCUGCCAAGAAUUGAACGUAUAAAGGUUCAGCAACUUUUUAAUGAGAGUGCGCCCGAUGAAGAUCGAAUGAAAGAUUUUUAUGAAGAAAUGAAUGAAGAUGAGAUACGAAGACACGAAGCACGCAAGGUAGGAAAUUUUUUUUUUGUUAUUAAUCUUGCCUCAUUUAUUACUAUUUUUAUAAAUCAAUUUAUUGAAUCCGCAGAUUUGAUUAAUCAAGAAAUGCCAUUGAACAGAAGUAACGUGCCCAAGAAUAUACUUGUUACUUCCUUGAUCGGAAAAAUGAUUAAUACAUUCAAUGAAGAUGGCUAUUUUAAACUUAUGACUACUAUAAAAGGCGCUGCUGUUCAAUCCUACUUAUCUUAUUAUAAGAUUUAUGAACAAGUUGCUAAAGAAAUCAAUGCAGAUUUAUUU